AGUUUUCGACGGUCGGCCAACGCGUUCGGACGGACAGGACGGCGCGUACUUGUGGUGUGUGUGUGUAGUUCUCGCCUAGCCCUGGGUCAGAGAGAAGGUUUUUCUAAGGAGUUCUCAAUCUAGGAAUUGAAACUGAUAUCGGAUUGGUACACGCUAGUGUUCUGCUGAAGGGUUUAUGUGGAGCGAUAAACGUGAAAAGAGAAAAUAGAAACGGUGAAUAAAUACCAGCUUUUACUGAUGGUUGUUUAUUUCAGUCCAAAGCGGAGUUCACAGAAGAAUCUGAUAGCUUUUUUUCUACUCUGUUUUACGCGAGUGGGAAGAAGAGGUUGUGCACCGUGUCAGGGGGCGAGAAAAGGUGUAUUGGGGGAAGUGAAGCAUUAGAGGUGGAAAUCGUGAGAUGUCGACAAGCAUAGAGCAUAGUGAUGAAUGUGAUAUGUGUUCGGAAGAGAGGAAAUGGCAAGGCGGUGAAACCGAUGUGUUCGUUAGUUUUAUUACAUGUUUAGAGUGUUAAGUUAUGCUGCUAUCUCGGGUAUUCUGAACUGCCAGAUCUUGAUUAUAUGUACGAUCGAAGAAAAUCCCAACGUUCAACGGUAUCGAAUCGAAUUGUAGUAACUUUAAAGGUGAAUUCCAUUGCCAACCAGGAAAAACCUUUAAGAAGUGUAGAAAAUAAUCCGUGUAGUAAAGUAGUGAAGAAAUUCUCCGUAUAUUAUUAAUUCCGAGUGUUGUUCAAGCACACCACUGCCAUCGCGAGUACGAGUGUGUGCGUUAUUUUGUGGUGUUUUUCAUCAAUGUGAAUACUUGUGCUCGUUCUAUACACACUGCCAACCAGCCAGCCAGCCAUCAUUCACCACUAGAAGCAGACUCUCUUUCUCUACACACAACAUCGAAACCCGAACCGUCACCAUCGUAGUGAAGUGUGGAAUAAAAGAAGUACAUGUGCUCGAAGGAGAAAGAGAGCAAGAGAAUCGACCUCGCGGGAUACGGCAGGGUUGUAUCGAGAAGAAUCGCUGAGCUGUGUGAUAUCUGCGAAAAUUACACAAUUUUAUCAAUGAAAAGUGAUUCGUUCUCUGAAUAGUAAAGAAAACACGAAAAUCUACCACCAGUGAUUAGCGGUUCCCAUUCAGUGUAAGCAAAGAAACAAACGGGGAGUAAUUGAAAGCUGCCAUUUAGACAUCGUUAAAAACGAUUAAAGUUGAUUGACAAGUGUUAUCGAUUCUGAAACAACGUUCUCGGCCGCGGCAAAAACAAUUAGACAAGGUCGAUAAAAUCAUUCCAACAAUUGCUGUACGUCUGUCCGGACUUUACGCGUGCCAAUGAGGUUCACCUGCGUCUUGGGCUUAUGCUUAAAGUGAAUGGAGAUUACGAGCAAUCGCUGAAGCACCUGCAGCUCGCCUAUUCCGACUCGUCACCGUGUACAUUCGGCAAACUUGAAAUUCGAUUUCACAUCGCGCAUCUUUAUGAAGUCCAGCACAAGUUUAAAGCUGCAAGGGAAGCCUACGAACAGCUACUCGGUGACAAACAGCUGACACCAGCACUGAAGGCCGACAUCUGCCGCCAGCUAGGAUGGAUGUACCACAGCGUUGAACCGCUCGGGGAGAAGGCCCAGCGUGAACGUUCCGCCAUCCACUGUUUGCAGAAAUCCAUCGAAGCCGAACCCAAGUCCGGUCAGACCCUGUAUCUACUCGGACGGUGCUUUGCCGGAAUCAACAAAGUACACGACGCAUUCAUCGCCUAUCGUAACUCGGUCGAGAAGAGCGAAGGCAACGCGGACACAUGGUGCUCCAUUGGAGUGCUCUACCAGCAGCAGAACCAGCCUAUGGAUGCAUUGCAGGCCUAUAUAUGUGCCGUGCAAUUAGAUAAAUCCCAUUCAGCUGCCUGGACCAAUCUCGGCAUUUUGUACGAAAGUUGUAACCAACCACGAGACGCCUAUGCGUGCUAUCUGAACGCCACCAAAAAUCCGGACGGACAGCAAUCGACCGUAGUGUCAGCCUUAUCCACUGCCAGUAGUGCCAACGCCGGUGCAACAACAACUACAACUACGACAACAACGGGAGUGAACGCUACCACCCCUACAGCUUCCAUAGGUUCCGGUUCAGCCGCAACCACACCAACAACAGUAACAGCAUCAUCCUCCCUGUCGUCAUCAGCGGUUGCAGUUGGACGUACCGGAACUAGCCUUACAGACUCGGCGGUGACCGCCAGCGGUGGUGUCAAACCGCAAAGCCUCGCCCAGAGGAUCAAAUUUCUCCAACAGCACUUGGCACACGCACCUAUGCCGAGUAUCACUUCCAAACGGCGGCAGCUACCGUCGAUCGAGGAAGCGUGGAAUCUGCCAAUUUCGAACGAAAUGAGCUCUCGUCAGCAGCAGCAGGCGGCCCAGGCCCAGCAACGACAGUUCCAGAAAGGAUAUGGACAGGGUAAUCAAGCACCAUUCCCUGGCAACAAUAAUGCAGCAACGAACAAACGGUUCAAACAGGAAGAUGGCCGACCGGCACAGCUUCCGAACUUCUAUCUCAACCAGCAGCAGUUGGAGAUGCUUCGGUAUCUGCAGCAGAAUCAGACCAAUCUUAAUACCCAGCAGCAGAGUCUUCUGCAGCAAUAUGCCCAUCAGUAUCGUUUGAUGCAACAGCACCAGCUUCGUCUGCAGCAGGCCCAGCAACAGCAGCAGCGGAAUCAGCUUGUACCGGGAUCGCCCGCGACAUUCCAAGGUCAAGGUCAACAACAGCCGGCACCCCUGGCCGGUGGAGGUGGUGGUUAUCCCCCACAGCUAGCCCAACUGCAGCAGCAGCAGCAACAGCAACAACAGCAGAUUCUAACCGGCAAUGGCAACUUUGCCGCGAUCAGUAAUCAGAUGUUCAAGACCGCGUCGGGAACGUACGGAGGCGGAUUCCAAAGUCAAACCAGCGGUGGUGCUGCCUUUACGCAGAUCUCGUCGACCAAUCAGUCGGAUUUGGACCAAGAACUGCAAGCCCUCCUAUCAUCCAAGGACGACACGGCCAAUUUCGCCGAAACACUGCUGAAGCAGUUCGGCUCCGACGAUUUGGACAUCAAGGACAUCAAACCCCUGGAUCCGCAGCAGAAUGGCACUGCCCUGCCCGCCGAUUCCACCUCGUCCCGACCGGAUGGGGAAAAGUCACCGACAAUUAAAGCCGAAGCAACCUCAUCUACCGGAGCCGGUUCCACUAGCAGUAGUUCCAGUUCGGCGGUGGCUGCCGCGGCGAAACGUCACCUGCUGGCCAAGCACGACAUCAAGCUGGAACCGGUCAUAAAGAUAGAAAAACUAACCGAGCCAAGCACCAAACCCGGUUUCUCGAUCGAUAUGACGGCGAAGGAAUUGCUGCAAGCGGCCAAGAAAUCCGACCUGAAGGACGUUCCGGCCAUCUGUUCGACGUUGGCCCUGGACGCGGCACCUCCCGCCCCUCCAGAGUGUCCCCCGCAGCGAUUGACCCGCGAACAGUUGCAACCCCCGACUCCAUCCGUGUUCCUCGAGAACAAGAAACAUGCCUACAGUCCACAGCUGCAGGAAUUCUGCCUAAAGCAUCCGAUCGCUGUCGUUCGGCAACUGGGCGCUGCCCUCAAGCUCGAUCUGGGACUGUUUUCGACCAAGACCUUGGUGGAGGCUAACCCGGACCAUAGCAUCGAGGUGCGGACGCAAGUUCAUCAGUCGUCGGACGAGAAUUGGGAUCAAUCGAUGAAGUCGAAGGUGUGGGCGUGUAUUUCGCACCGAUCGCACACGACCAUCGCGAAGUAUGCCCAGUACCAGGCUUCCAGCUUUUCGGACAAGAUCAAGGAGGAACGGGACAAGCUGGCCGGUAUCGUGAGCACCAACUCCGAUUCGGAUUCCAAAGAUUCCCUCACCAAUAGCAACGGUGCCGGGUCGGGCAAUGGCAAGCGGAAGAAGUGCAAAAAUAGCAACAAAAUGCUACGUUUCGGAACGAACGUCGAUCUCUCGGACGAACGGAAGUGGAAAACGCAACUUCAGGAGCUGCAAAAGUUACCCCCGUUUGCCCGGGUCGUAUCCGCUGCCAACAUGCUGUCGCAUGUGGGUCAUAUGAUCCUCGGCAUGAAUACGGUGCAGUUGUAUAUGAAGGUGCCGGGAAGUAGAACGCCCGGCCAUCAGGAAAACAACAACUUCUGUUCUAUUAACAUCAACAUCGGUCCCGGGGAUUGCGAGUGGUUCGCCACGCCGGAUUCGUACUGGGGUGGAAUCCAGGCGCUGUGCGAGAAGAACAACAUCAACUACCUGCACGGUUCGUGGUGGCCCGCGCUGGAAGACCUGUACGCGGAGAACAUUCCGGUGUAUCGGUUUACCCAGCGGCCGGGUGACCUGGUGUGGGUGAAUGCAGGUUGUGUGCACUGGGUGCAGGCCAUCGGAUGGUGCAACAAUAUUGCAUGGAAUGUUGGUCCGCUGACGGCGCGGCAGUACGAGCUGGCGAUCCAACGGUACGAGUGGAACAAGCUGGAAAGUUACAAGAGCAUCGUUCCGAUGGUGCAUCUGAGCUGGAAUCUGGCCAGGAACAUCAAGGUUUCCGACCCCAAGCUGUUUGAAACGGUCAGAACCUGUCUGAUGCAAACGAUGCGGCACUGUAUGCAAGUGCUGGAGUUCGUCAAGUCGAAGGGCGUCGAAGUUCGGUUUCAUGGGCGCGGGAAGAAUGAAGCGUCCCACUACUGCGGUCAGUGUGAAGUGGAAGUGUUCAACGUCCUCUUCAUCCGGGAGCAGGAAAAGCGCCACGUGGUGCACUGCAUGGGCUGCGCGCGGAAGCAUGCUCCCAACCUGCAGGGUUUCGUCUGCCUCGAGGAGUACAAGAUGGCCGAACUGAUGCAGGUGUACGAUGCCUUUGCCCUGCACAUCCCUCCUCCGCUUCCAAUACAGCCGCCACUGUCGGCUUCGCCAUCGAUCCAACAGCAACAGCAGCAGCAGCAGCAACCGUCAUCAUCGUCGUCUACGGUGGCGCAACAGCUUGCAGCAUCCUCGUCAUCCAUCACCAUCAGUUCGUCUUCGUCCAGCUCGUCGAUCGGGGGUACGCCCGCCAGCAGUAGUAGUCAACAACCAACCGCGGCGGCCGCAACGCCCAUGCAGGUUUCGUAAGGUAACACAACUGCUUCUGUCUUCUGCACCGACUACUACCAACUAAGGUUUAGUUCAAUUUCACCAAAACUCAAAAGACUUAACUACUGAUCCCUCCCGGAAGAGACCACGGCGACGACGACGAUGAAGCAGAGGAACAAAGUCGAUAUGUGUAAUUUGUAAAUGAAUGACUUCUAUUUGCUUUUCUGUACAUAUCUAAAUUGUGUAUUCUACUCUAUGGAAUAUUGCGAAAAAUAAGAAUCCUUGCUCUAGGAAAGGAUAAGCUGAGCCAAGAAAAAAAAGUACACUCGUAAUUAUUUAUAUGCAACCAAUCACUGCUCUACUGAAUUCUAUAUGCUCUUAAUAUAUAUAUAUAUUUUAUGGUAAGGUCCAAAUAGUAAAAUGGAAGCGAAAAGGAAUGGUUCGUAAGCCGCAGGAAUCCUCCCGUUUAACCUAAUAAGUAGCUUAAUUUAUUCUAGCCGCAAAAGAGGAGAAUGCCUAGAUUUCAUUCGGUGGAGUGUUUUGUGUUGAAUUGGGUCCGUUCGAGCUUAAAGCAGCGCAAGUGAUUGGCUUUUUAUUCACACUCACAAAGAAAUAUUUUCCUACACUCAAACAAAAAUGACCCGCAAAAGUGAACGAUAUAGUUUUUGGUUUAUUUGACGAAAACGGGAAAAAAAUGAAUACAAAACAGUCCUCAGGAAAUAUAACAAAACAAAAAUUAAAUAGUCUUAACAACCGGAAAAAGAAGUGUGGUGUAGCGGAAACGGUAAUAAGUAAGUUAACAUUUUGAAGCAAAGACACGAUAAAUUUAUCUCACCACACCACACACCAGCCAGCAGCAGAAGAAGGCACAAAUAUAUAUUUCUAAUAAAAACAAUGAGUCAUCGAAAUGCAAAACACAUUUAACAGAACGAUAAGAAGCAACAUUCACAUAGUUCGUCGCGCGAUCAUCAACACAGAACAAGACGAUCACACAAAAUCACAAUCAUUCGCUCACCCACCAUCGCUCACCUAACACCCAUGUACCGUUUCAUGUUUUUUUUUUCGACGUUUGGAGUCAGAUCUUCGGAAGUUAGGAAGUACCAAGGUUGCGAAACAAAACGGAGUUUAGGAUACGUGUUAGUAAAUAACGUCAGUUUUGGUAGCGGAUGUAUCCCGGACAUCCAGAAGAGCUGGGAACUCGCUACUACUGUUGUGGUAGUUGUUGUGUGAUAGGGAUGGUUCUUGUAGCCAGUUUGUCUGGUGAGGGUGCGUUGCACGGUUGGUACCACCGGUUAGGUUAGACAGGAUUUAUUUCGGGUUUGACAUAUCGUUGCUUCUUGCUACGCUCUCUCGGUUGCAGUUGGAUCUGUCAUGGGUCGUUGGAAGGUCUUGGUGUUGAGGUUCUCUAAAGAUGGCCUAACGAAAUUAUGAGAGGUCUCUUCGAAUGCUUGCGUAAAAUGUUAGGCACUAAGUACUUCUUUUUAGGGCUUGUUCGAUGAGAAGUUUUACGAGCAUCUAGAAACAUUCAAUAAGUGUUUUGGUAAAUGCUCAGGAAGAAUUG